CUUUAUGACUCUCUCUCUCUCUCUCUCAUAUUCAGAUUUCCUUCGCCACCAUUCUUCCAUUUCUCUCUCUCUCUCUCUCUCUCUCUCUCUCUCAAUAGUGACUGCAAAAGGGUCCAAAAAGCAUGAGUGACGAGGAUUGGGUGAAAGCGGCGAUGACCGACGACUCCGUCGUGGUGGAGCUCCUCUUUCGUCUCCACCGGUCCACGCCGCCGCCGCCGUCGAAGAAAGGCUCGCACCCUUCUCGUCCUCUCGAGUGGAGCGUCAGGCAGCGCCGCUCCAAGCCGAUUCCCCACCAAGCGGCUGAGAAGAAGAGAAAGAAACCCGCCCCGACGGCGAGGGACAGCCCCACCACGCCGCUCUCGUGGAGCGGCGGCGCCACCUCCGUCAGCGGCGGCUGCUCCGCCUCCGCCGCCGCAGCCGAUGGUUUCGAGGAGUCGAGUGUGUCGCCUGCCAAGAGGACUGACGCUGCUAGAUCUAAGGUCACUGCUACAAAUGAAACAACUACCAACAAGAGGGCAAAAAAGAAAAAGCAGACCUUGGCUGAACUUAAAGAAGAGGAGAUCUUGCUCGUAAAGGAAAGAAGGCAUUUGAAGAGGGAAUUAGCAACCUUACGUGCCACUGUUGAGAAACAGAGAGCCACAAAUGAAAGCCUGAAGAGAUUGAAGCUCAAUUUCGAAUCACAGCCACUGGUGGAAAGUGUUAAAGCGGUUGCACCUAUUGAAGCGAGCCCUGGACAAACACAGCAAAACAUAGCAUCUUGUGACCCAAUGCCUCUGAUCUUGCCGCCGGAAGUCAGAAUAGAUGACCACGAGGACACCAAGCAACAACCGCCUACACCAAAGGUUUCUUCCGAACUGCAGCCAAAUCAGGAGAAUAAGUUUGCGGUACCUGAUCUAAAUCUACCGCUCGACGACAAUUUCAACUCGUGAGGUCUUAUAUAGAGUUAGCUAAUAUUGAUCAAGCAUAUAUGGAUAACUUGUUUCCUGGAUGAAGUGGGAUAAAUGUGCGGAAGCAAUUAUAUCCAAUAAGUGCUAACCUUGUUGUAGAGUAAUCUGUGCAACUGUUAACUCCGGAGUCCAGAGGCGUUUCCUUCGCUGCUUCCCAAAUGGAAAGCGGAAGUAUUUUUUUUUUUACCCCGUUUCUGAAGGUUCUGAGGGUAGCCCUGAGAUCGUAACCUAGUAGAUGAACCACAUAAUAUUGUCACGGGUUUCUACACUUCACUGGAAAUCUUUUGGCGCCGACCCUCAUUCCUUCAGUUCCCUUUCGAUGAGUAUUAACAGAUGAGUUGUACAAUAUUGUUAUAGAUGAUCAAAUGCUGGAUACCUUUUUUUAUAGGAACUAUUUCAUCUCAUUUUU